AUGGACAAGGAGGGGCCCGUGCUGUUCGAGUUUGUCAUCAUCCUCAAGGGCGACCCACACGUCAUCCAGAGGCCGCCGUACACCUUUGCCGACUUCGUCGCUGGCGACGAGCCCCCGGGCUCGCUGCAUCUGUGGGAGGCUGCCUGCGGCUACUGCCGGUGGAUCGUGGACGUGAUCUACGACACGCGCGGCAAGAUGUACCUCCACAUCGGUUGGGAGAAGUUUGUGCGCUACCAGCGCCUCCAAGCCGACUUAGUGCUCAUGUUCUCCUACUUUGGCGAGAGGGACAUGACCGUCAAGGUGUUCGACGAGACGCAUUGCCGCCACCACUACCACGGUGACAGCGCCGAGGAGGACGACGACUGA